GAUAUUUCUUCUGGUGGGAGCUCCAAAAGCAAACACUACUCAGCAUAACAUCGUAGAAGGAGGCCAGGUGCUGAAAUGUAACUGGAAUUCCAACAGAAACUGCCAGCCGAUUAUAUUUGACUCCACAGGCAACAGAGAUUUUGCUCCUGAUGAUCCACUGGAAUUUAAGUCUCACCAGUGGUUUGGAGCCUCUGUGAGAUCCAAAAAUGAUAAAAUUCUGGCCUGUGCCCCAUUGUACCACUGGAGAACUGAAACAAAACAGGAGAGGGAGCCUGUAGGAACUUGUUACCUGCUUGCUGGUUCAAAAUCUGUGGAAUAUGCACCCUGCAGAUCAACCACCAUCGAUGCAGAUGGACAGGGAUUUUGCCAAGGUGGAUUUAGUAUUGACUUUACAAAGGGAGACAGAGUGCUGCUUGGAGGACCUGGAAGUUUUUACUGGCAAGGCCAACUUAUUUCUGAUCGAGUGACAGAGAUUGUGGCUAAAUACAACCCCAAAGUCUACAGUACGAAGUAUGAUGACCAAUUGGCAACCAGACCUGCCAGUGCUGCUUUUGAUGACAGCUACUUGGGCUAUUCAGUGGCUGUUGGAGACUUCAGUGGUGAUGGCAUAGAAGACUUUGUGUCAGGAGUCCCAAGAGCAGCAAGAACUCUGGGCAUGGUGUCUAUUUACAAUGGGAAAAACAUGUCUUCCAUGUACAACUUCACUGGAGAGCAGAUGGCUGCCUAUUUUGGGUAUUCGGUGGCUGCCACAGAUAUCAAUGGGGACAAUUACACAGAUUUGUUUAUUGGAGCCCCUCUUUUUAUGGAUCGAGGUUCUGAUGGGAAACUUCAAGAGGUCGGCCAAGUUUCCAUUUGCCUUCAACGACCCUCUGGAGGGUUUCAGAUCACAAAACUGAAUGGCUUUGAGAUAUUUGCAAGAUUCAGCAGUUCUUUUGCACCUCUGGGGGAUCUAGAUCAGGAUGGCUUCAAUGAUAUUGCGAUUGCCGCACCGUAUGGUGGAGAGGACAAGAGAGGACUUGUCUAUAUCUACAAUGGAAGAGCAAAUGGUUUGAAUGCAGUCCCAUCUCAAAUUCUUGAAGGGCAGUGGGCUGCUCAUACUAUGCCACCCAGCUUUGGGUACUCGCUGAAAGGAGCCACAGAUGUGGACAAAAAUGGAUAUCCAGACUUGAUUGUUGGAGCCUUUGGUGUUGACACAGCUGUUUUGUAUAGGGCUAGACCAGUUAUUAGAGUAAAUGCUGCCCUGGAAGUUAAUCCAACCAUUCUAAACCCAGAAAACAAAGCCUGUUCACUGUCAGAUGUAAAAGUUUCUUGUUUCAAAGUAAAGUUCUGCUUAAAAGCGGAUGGCAAAGGAAAGCUCCCUAACUCACUCAAUUUCCAAGUGGAGCUGUUGCUGGAUAAACUUAAGCAGAAAGGAGCUAUAAGGAGAGCUCUCUUUCUCCACAGCAAACAGCCUAGCCACUCUAAGAACAUGACUAUUACAAAUGGGGGCAAAAUGAAUUGUGAAGAACUUGAUGCCUUUUUGAGGGGUGAGUCUGAAUUUAGAGACAAACUAACUCCCAUUACUAUUUUUAUGGAAUAUCGUCUGGACUACAGAACAGCUGCAGAUGCAACAGGAUUGCACCCUAUCCUCAACCAGUUCACUCCUGCUAAUAUGAGCAGACAGGCACAUAUUUUGCUGGAUUGUGGCGAUGAUAAUAUCUGCAAACCAAAGCUGGAGGUUUCAGUAGAAAGUGAUCAGAAGCAGAUCUAUAUUGGUGAUGACAAUCCCUUGACACUAAUCGUCAGUGUUCAGAAUCAAGGGGAAGGAGCCUAUGAAGCAGAACUCUUCGUCAUUGUUCCACCCCAAGCAGAUUUCAUUGGUGUUGUUCGUAACAACGAGGCUUUAGCAAGACUGUCAUGUGCAUUUAAAACAGAGAAUCAAACUCGCAUGGUAGUUUGUGACCUGGGAAAUCCCAUGAAAGCAGGAACAAAGAUACUAGCUGGACUGCGUUUCAGCGUGCACCAGCAGUCUGAAAUGGAUACCUCUGUGAAGUUUGCCUUGCAAAUCCGAAG